UUUUCGAUUUCAAGUUGAAGCAGAAAGAGAGCUCAAAAGAGCGAUUUAUAAAAAUGGCCUCUGCUUCUGUGAAGACGUCGAUUGGAUGCAUGGAAUUUGGACGGCAAUGCUCUUUCGAUCAGUCCAAAGAGUUUGUAAAAAUUUGUAUGGAAAAUGAUGUGUACGAUUUCGACACAGCUUACAUGUAUGCUGGAGGAAAGAGUGAAGAAUUUAUGGGAGAAAUGGACAUUCUCAAAGAUCCUAAGGUAUUUCUUGCCACAAAGGCUAAUCCAUGGAGUGAUAAAGGUUUGAAGUAUGACAAAGUCAUUGAGCAGAUGAAUGAAUCUCUUAAAAGACUGAAAAGAGACUCUGUGGACUUAUUUUACCUCCAUGCACCAGAUCAUAACACACCCAUAGAGGAGACACUUGAAGCUGUCAAUCAACUUUACAAAGAGGGGAAAUUCAAAACUUUUGGUCUUUCCAAUUAUGCAUCAUGGGAAGUGGCAGAGAUUUAUUACCUGUGUAAGUUGAACAACUAUCCAUUACCAACUGUGUAUCAAGGGAUGUAUAAUUCUGUUACAAGGGAUGUUGAAAGAGAACUUUUUCCGUGCCUUAGAAGAUUUGGAAUGGCUUUCUAUGCUUACAACCCGCUCGCAGGUGGACUAUUGACAGGAAAACAUCGAUAUGAAGACAGAGAGAAAGGAACCAUUCAGUAUGGUCGUUAUGGAGGUACGGGCCCGUGGGCUGACGUCUACAUAAAGCGUUUUUGGAAGAAGCCUUUCUUUGAUUUACUUGACAAACUCAGAACAACACUGGAUCGUAUUUAUGGUGAAGGAAAAGUGACUUUAAUUGACGCAUCUCUCAGAUGGAUGUAUCAUCACUCCAAGAUGGACGGUGCCUACGGAGAUGCUGUUAUUAUUGGUGCCUCGUCUGUGAAACAUUUGGAGGAAAAUCUUAAGAGUGCAAAGCAUGGUCCCUUACAUGAAGAUGUGGUCGCAUUAUUCGAAGAGGCCUGGGGCCAAAUUAAAGGCGACUGUCCUUACUAUUUCCGCUGAAGUAAUCAACUGAGGGCUCACCGAGGAAGAGUUCCUUCAAAUGAACGUUAUGGCGAUAGACUCUGGUCUUAAAAUAGGAUUGGGAAGAAAUAGGUUUUCUUAGAUCAAAACCAACUUAACUCUAAUGCAUAGGGAAGAUAUAUCGCUGUUCUCGACCGCUCUCUUUUUAGCCCAAAUGUCACGGGCAUGGUCGAAGAAAGAUGAAAACUGUCUUUGAUUGAAUAAAAAUCUUUCAGGUUACUUGUCAAUAAUUGUAAGAAUUUUUUCUUCUUUGCACGAAUUCAAAGGUUUGAUUGACUUCACGUGUCUAACCGAAAACAAGCUCUCUUUGGGGUGGGGUCUUCCUUCUUGCCAAUAACCAGCAAGAGAGGUUUCUUAUCUCAAAGUGCUUCUGCAAUCGAUUUUUAUUUUAAAGGAAUUCGUAAACCCUCAGCUGCUUUAACCGUCGCACAGACAGUCAUAUAAGCCUCGUGAGAAGUCUCGUGAACCAGUUGGUACCAGUUAAUACUGAGGUUGAAUCGAUUAUUAAAAAUUCUGGCACAUGGGAAUAUUAGUAAUAAAAUCAGGAAUUUCGGCAUUGUUGAAAGUGAAAAAAAUCAGUUUAUCAAAUCAAUAGGGUGAACACCUUUUAAGUCAUUGUUCGUCAAACAUGUUACAAUACUUUACAGUUGUGAGGAUUUCGGGUUUAGUAAGAGACUUAAUAAAAAACAUUUUGCUCAAAUUAA